AUGGAAGUUGUGAUGCCAGUGCCACCUGUGGACUUCAACUUUGAUAGCACUUGUUCUUCUCCUUACAUGACUGCUCCUUCAAGUCCUCAAAGAUUUGGCAACUUCUUCUUCAGUGCCCCAACAAGCCCUACUCGUAUUUCUUCUUUCUAUCGAGAGCUUAAUGAUAUCACUCUUUCUACAAAUUCAUCGUCUACAAUCCCUUUUGACUGGGAAGAGAAGCCUGGAACUCCCAAAUCCAAGAACCAAAGAGAAGACAAAAACCAGAAUGGUGGUGAUCAAGAUGGGUAUAAUGAAGAUUUUGAGUUCGACUUUAGUGGUCAAUUGGAAAGAGCUUCUUUAUCAGCUGAAGAACUCUUUGAUGGCGGCAAGAUCAAGCCUUUGAAGCCACCACCUGGCUAUGAUUCUUCAGUUUCUUCUCCAAGGUCUCCAAGAUCACCAAGAUUAAGAACAACAACUAAAAAAGAAAUUGACCCCUUUCAAGCUGCCCUUGAAGAGACACGUAGAAGAGAAGUUAAACUAAAAACUAAUCAACAAGUCCAAGCACCCUAUCAACGUGGAAGAGGCAGAAGCUAUGGUGAUUCUUCAUUUUCAGCUGGUUCUAUACGUAAAGGAAGCAGAUCUUUAUCUCCUUUAAGAGUCUCAGACAUCAUGUUUGAUCAAGUAGAGAAUUCCCAGAAUUCAAAUUCUACUGCUUCAACUGCAAGCACCCCUAAAUCAUCUUACACAUCUUCUAUCCUAUCCGCGAUAUCGUUCACAUCGAAAAGAUACAAGAAAUGGAAGCUGAAGGACUUAUUACUAUUCAGAAGUGCAUCAGAAGGAAGUAGAACAGCAAGCUGCAAUGAUUCAUUUACAAAAUAUUCAGUCUUGUCCAAGAAAGAAGCGACAGAGGAUGUCAAGAAUUCUAGCUUUCGAUCCACAGAUAGUGUAGGGAGUUCCAGGAGGAGAUCAGGGCCUAUAUCAGCUCAUGAGGUGCAUUACACAGUGAACAGGGCAGUUUCAGAGGAAAUGAGAAGGAAAACGUUUUUGCCUUACAAGCAAGGUCUAUUGGGGUGCUUAGGAUUUAAUCCUGCUGCAAGUGUGCAUGAGAUCACUAGAGGUGUUGGGUCCUUGACACGUGCAUGA